CUUGCCUUGCCAUGGCUUCUUCGAAUCCGUGGGCUCCUGUGCAGCCGUCGGCGGCUGGGCUGCUGCUGGCUGGCUGCCUAUCCGCGGGGGUGGUGUCCCAGGAAACUGUGGAUAGAUGUGGAAAACCAGCUCCUUGCUUUGUUCGCCUCACAGAGGCAGAACAAAUUGCUGAUCUCCAAGCUGAAAUCAGUGAGAUGAAGCUAGAUGCUGAAAUCCUGCAGAUGGAGAAAGAUACAGCAGACAUUACACAUCCAUUCUACCUAACUCAGAAAUGCCAGGCUCUGCAAGCGAUGAACAAACACCUAGAAGCAGUGCUGAAAGAGAAAUGGGUUCUUAGGCAGAGGCUAAUGAAACCAGUGCGUCAAGAAAGCCUGCCUAUUGAAGCUAUCUUCCACAGGCAUGUAGUAGAAUUGUUGGCGUCGGCAGUGGCUUUCAUUGAAAAAUUAGAAACCCAUCUAACCACAGUAAGGAGCAUUCCUCAAAUACCUCUAGUUAUGAAAAACAUGGACAGUGCACUAACAGAGAUGGACUUGUUAGUAACAGACACAAAAGCACUGGCAGAACAAAUACUGGAGUGGAGAGAGAAAGUAAAGGAGAUCUUUGAAAAUUCACAGCUGACUACUGAAUCAGAUUCCUGGUUCAGAAGUAUAACUCUGUAAUACUGCACACUUCCCGCCAUGCCUUUUCCUUCCCAAUUCUCAGGCUACUUAGCAAUUUUGUGUGUUGAUAAAAUGCAUGUGUUCUAUCACAUUUAAAGUCACUUGUGUCUGUCUGAAAUGUAUAUUUGUACGUAGAACUAGGGCUAUGUAGAAAUUGACAACGGAUGUUAAAUGGCUCUCUUGAGGUUGUAUUUUAAAGAAGCAAUUUUAUGAUGUUGCCUUAACAAGAUCAGCUUCAUGUACAUAGGUUUUAUAUUUUAUAGAAACAUUAUCUAUUUUUAAAAGUGAGACCACUCAUAUCUUGGUAUAAAACUUCAAUCAGAAUACUGGACUAUAGACUAUUUUGUAUGGGUGGGAAACCUUUGGAUUCCACCCUAUCUUCAUGUGCAUUUAUGAAAAUCUGUAGCUUGAUACUUUUGCCCUUCAUACUGUUGAGUACUGUAGUAGAAAAUAAUGCAGAGGAAGAGUAUGGGAAACAGUAUUCAGUUAGUAAUAAACAAACUAAAUAAAUACUUUUUUCUCUUAGUUUGUAUUUCAAAGAGAGAAAAAUUAAGCAACUAUACAGAUGAGCCUGUCACUGUGCAAAACUGGCUAGCAAAUGCCUGUGUUUCAUAAUUCUCCAUCAGCUAUGCUUGAUUUGUUAUAGCUUGUUAUGGCUCAUCAUCAGUUUCUCAUCUCCAUCUGAUCUCUGUUCCAGCCACUGAGAGAAAGCACAAGAUAGAUGUGCUGCUAGGUAAACAGCAUCCUGAGGAUAUCAAGACUGUCUUCUCCCAAUGACAGGACCUGUGUUCCUUUUCACAUGUUAAAACAAAAACCACAAGCAGGGAACAUCCCACAAUAAACGUCCAUGUGCAUACAACCUGGCAAGCAGGCAUUUGUGUGUUUAUAACCUAAACAUGCUUUCUUAAUAGAAAUGGAUGGGUAGUUUUUCUUUCACUCUCAUACAUUGAAGGUGGUAAUUCUAACUCUUCAUAAUCCUUAUAUUUGUUUGUUCCUAAGUGACAUGUAGGCAAAUGUUUAAAUUUGCCCAGGCGGUUAGCCAGUCUUAUAUACAUUUCCUUUGAACUAAGUUGUGCUGUAUUGAAUUCAGGGGUGUGUGUGUGUAGAGAUUUGCAGUUUUUAGUUUAAUAUGCUUCAAAGACAUUCAUAUUGGUUCCUGAAUUUAUUUCUGCUGAAUUCUCUUUAAAGCAGUUAACCUGUUACUGAUAUUAACAGACAACUUAAAACUAUACUAAUUUAAGCAGAUAUUUCUAUUAGAGUACAUUCACAAAGUUUACAACAGGACUUAAUUUAUCAGCACAGUCCUAUUAAAUCUGAAUAAAUUUACUCCAUCAGUGUGUUUAGGACUGCAGCCUCAAAUCCAACGUGCUACAAUUUAAUUUAAAAGAAAUGAAUACAGUACCUGAGAAGGUUUCAGGAAAAAUAAUGAAAAGCAAAUAGAAUUUCUCAAAAACUUUUGUUUGUAUUUAUGGAGAGUUGCAAAACAUUGUGGGUCCGUGAUCCAUGCAUUGCACUAGGAGAUGUUUAAA